GCAGAUAUCCAUUCAGCCCCCCUCCCUCUGGUCAACAACACAAGCUGCACAGAGAAGCAAAAUGGCCGAUAGUAAACUAACCGACCUCACAGCGCUUUGCAACCACCAAGAGGUUAUACAUGUGUAGUUUACAGCGAAAACUACAUUCGUACGAAGGGAUAUACGUUAACUGAAUUUCUCGAUUGUUAACAUUUAGCCUUUUGGUGAUGUUAUUUCUUAUUUGGUUUAGGCUUGAACUACCGUUAGAUUGCUAAACUAGCUUUAGCUAAAUAGGUCUGCAAGAAUUUCACAAAGUACUUUAUGUUUGAUUCCUGAGAUAGGAGAAUCAGGAAAGGGAACAGCAGUUCAUGGAAGACAAGAAAAAGAAGAAAGAGGAUAAAAAGAAAAGGGAAGCUUCCCAGAAGGUGACUGAACAAAAAGUCAAAGUGCCAGAAUCAACCAAGGCCAGCUCCACGCAGUCACUAGCCACUCCUGGCUCUGUGUCUCCCAGCCCUGGCCCCACUCCACCAUCGUCCCCCUGCCCUGCAGCUGGGUUCGCUGUUCCUCCGGGUGGGAACAAUGCAAACCGGGCGGCUGUGGCCAACGGACAGCCCCCCACCGGAACUCAGCGCUAUAUGCCCAGAGAGGUGCCCCCACGAUUCCGCUGCCAGCAGGACCACAAAGUGCUUCUGAAGAGGGGCCAGCCACCACUGUCCUGCAUGCUGCUCGGGGGAGUGAGCGGUAGGGGAGACGCACCCCCUCUUUCACAGGGAGAUGCCCCCAAUGCAACCACAUCUGGAUCCACAGUUGCUGCUUCUUCAACUUAUGCAAAUUCCACAUGGGGGGUGGGCUCUGGCAGCCAGCCCCCUUCUCAGGGCUGGGAGAAGGUGAUAGUGGAUAAGAGUGACCUUGAAGAGUGGCCCAGCAUUGUGGGUGGGGAUAGAGUGGGUACCGAGGGAGCAGAGCUGGAUGGCCCCAACAACAGUAGUGCCUCACGGACUGACAAAUGCACCCAACAGCAUCUGAGGACAGGAGGAGCAAGAGCUGGGAGUUCAGACAGUCCCUCCACACCCCACUCUUCCCCCUCGUCACUCACUGAAUGUGUCCUGUCUGGUGUCGUGUGGGGCUCUUCCAGUCAGCCUGGAAUUGGAGUGGCCGCAACAGCAACAACAGAGGGGCCAGUGCUCAACAAUUCCAAAGUCUCCUUUCUUCCUGGGACUCAGGAGAGCCCUCUCAGUGGAAUUCCUGGUGCCAACUUCAACCCUAAUGCCAACCCUUCAGCCUGGCCUGCCCUUGUGCAGGAUGGAACGACAGGGGUUGGUGCAGCUACCACCGAAGUUGUGCCCUCAUCCAUCACAACAUCCUUCUCUGCCAGUACCACCCAUACUCAUCCACUCUCCUCUGUGAAUCAAGCUAGCUAUCAGCACCAACUCCAUGAAAUGCCUGCCAGGGAUGGAGAACAUCUCCAUGGGGACUGGGGGGGAUUGGGGCCGGAGCUUGGAGAAGGACCAAAUCAAGGAGGCAGAGACCUUGUGGACAGUGGGGUUGUUGGAGGGCGCGAGCAUCUCUCUGCCUCGUCAUCCUCCUCCACAACCUCUUCCUCUUCAUGGAGAGCUUUGCCUCCCCCCUCUAACCUCAACACAGGUGCCUCUAAGACUGAUGGGUGGGACAGAGUAGGGGGAGAUGCAGCUCAGGGGGAGGAGAAAGCUGGGUUGGCAGGAGAUGAGGAGUGGGUCAGGGGAAAUGAUGUUAGCUCAAAUACCCCAGUGGUAUCUCAGGGAGCAUGGGAUGGGGCUACAGAGGAGGGUUGGGGCGGUACACAGGGGUCGACAGAUGUCAGGGGUUCCAGCAACCCAGCAAUAGGAAGUAGCGGUGGAGGCGAGAGCAGCAGUGGAGGUAGCGGUGGUGGUGGCGGCAUAUCCCAGGAUUCUGCCUCACCAACAUUUGCUACUAUGACAACAGCUUGGGACAAUCAGAAAGGGGGUGAUGCUGUGGGGGAAUGGGCAGGUCAAGGUGGCAGAGGAAGUGGAGACCCCUCAUCCUCCAGUGGAGGAGGGUCCAGAGCUGGGAGUCACAAUCGGAACCAUGAGCAUUACCGCCACCGCUCCAGCAACACCCCCAACCCUGAAGUGGCCUUACAGAGCAUGCUCAGCCGGUCGGACCUGGAUCCCAGGGUGCUGUCUAACACUGGAUGGGGGCAGAUCCAGGUACAGCAGAAUGUGGCCUGGGACCUGGAUACAGGAGCAGAAAGUCCAAAUGAGGGAAGCAGUUCCCCUGCAUUUCCAUCUCAAGCUGUUAGUUCUACUGGUCGGGCAUCUACUUACCCCGCAAGCAACCGCACAAUGACUACUGAUCCAUCUGCUGGGGCCCAUAUGCCUACUAUGAUCACUGGUCCUGGCCCUGUACCUUCAAAGGGCGGCUGGGAUGACGAGUCAAAUUGUGCUCCACCAUCCAACAUGCAGAAUUCAGCUCCCUCCAGGAUGCCAGUGAAAGAUAUUGAUGGCAGCCAGGGAAAGACUAGUGGAGCCUGGGGUGACGUCAGUACUUCAGAGAGCCAUGGCAAAGGCUGGGGCAGUGAAGAGCAGGAGGGGAGAGACCGCAGAGGAGGCGGAGGAAGUAACUGGAGAGAUUUCGGAGAACAGGGUGGCGGAAGAGGGAGUAGCUGGGGAGGUGGUCAGGAGGAGAAGGGGACUGCAGGGGGUUGGAAAGAGAUGGGUAGGGAGGAAGGCGGAUGGGGACAAAGAGGGGGAGGCAACUGGGCGCAGCGUGAACCCAAGACAGUCAGUGGAGGCUGGGGGGAAGGGAGGGGCAGAGGUGAAGGCAACACGGACAAAGGAUCUUGGGGUAACAUAGAUGAGGGAGGCCCACAGAGGAGUUGGGGAAGUGGAGGGGACAUGGGCGGCAAACCGCACCAGGACUGGUGCAUGAAGCCGCAUUCACCACAGAUACCAAACAGCCAAGCGGCAACAUUGAAAGCCCCAAAUCAACAGCAACACCAAUCACAAACCCAACAGCCACCAGGAGUCUUGUGCAGGUCAGGAGGUCCUCCCACCCAGAAUCAGAACCAAAACUCGGGCUGGAAUGCUGGCCCCAUCCCUCAGAUCCCUGUUGGGCCUGCUGAGGCCCCUGAGCCCAGCGGGUGGGAGGAGCCCUCCCCUCAGUCCAUCAUCCGCAAGAUGGAGAUUGAUGAUGGCACUUCAGCCUGGGGCGAUCCCACCUGCUACAACAGCAAGAAUGUGAACCUGUGGGAUAAAAACAGUGCCCCCUCUGGUCAGCCACCACCACUUCAAGGCCAAACUCAACAGGGUACACCUACAUCCGUACAACAGCCACCACCAAGGAGACAGCAUGCGAUCCCAGCUAACCGGGACUCAAACCCUGGCAAUGCACCUGGAAUGGGCCCAGGUAUGUGGGGAGGCGGUGGCAACCUCGUUGGACAAUCUGUGGAUAAUGGCACUGCUUCCUGGGGGCAGACUUCUGAUGCACCAUCUGGCUGGGGAGACCCAGAUAACUCAAGCAAAACUGCUGGUUGGGGAAACCCCUCAUCUAAAUCUGGUUCAAAGUCUGUGCAAGAGAGCUGGGGCAAAGGAGAGGGCCCAGUUCCAGCCUCUCGACACUCCAGUUGGGAUGAGGAGGAGGACGUUGGUGGAGUUUGGAACAGCACAAGCUCACAGACCAGCAGCAACUACAACUCUGGUGGCUGGGGGCAAGGCCCCGGGGGAAAGAGAGGCAACAUCAAGGGUGGAGGUGGAGAGAACUGGAUGAACCCAAUGACACGACAAUUCCAAAAUAUGGGACUCAUGAAACAAGUCUCACUGUUGCACCUUGCUAUAGACCACCUACUGACUCCAGCUGUGCCCUGGACAACAUAUGGCGAGGACUUGAGUCUUGAUAAAAAGUUGGAAGGAGAUAAGAGAGGGAUGAACGACUACAGCUGUGAAAUGCGGAGAGGAGGAAGAGGUGGCGGAGGCUACCGUAUGCCCAGUUCCAAAGACAUGGGGCCUGGAGACAUGGGACCUUACAGUGACAAGAUGGGUGGUCAUGGUUUAUUUGGUGGCAGCGGUGGGAUGCCUCCGUCUCGGGGAAUACGCCAGUCUGGGAUGCAUCCCAUGAACCCCUCCCAAGGGUUACGCGGACAAGUCCCUCAUCAAUUCUUGUCUGCGCAGGUGCCGGGUCCCAUGCUAAAGCAGAUACCCUCUCCUGGCAGCAGUGUUGGAGGAGUAGGUGUCGGAGGAGGGGUGUUCCCACCUCAGCUCUCGCCACAGCAACUUGCCGUGCUUAGUAACAUUUACCCUCAUGUGCAGCAAUUCCACCUGGCUUGUCAGCUCCUUCUGCAGCAACAGCAGCAGCAGCAGCUCCUGCAGAACCAGAGGAAGUUGCCCCAGCCUAUACGCCAGCAGACUGAUCCACAGCAGCUGGCUAGGAUCAUGGCUAUUCUGCAACAACAGAGACAGCAACAACAACAGGGAGUGGUAGGCGGAGGCAUUGGGAGCUCCAAACUGUCCCCAUCUCUUGGAGGGGCACCAAAACAGCCGAUGGCAGACUCGAUGCCUCACCCUGGUAUGGGUGGGCCCUUGUCAGAUCUUCAUGCCAAAACACAGGCUAUGUACUCUGGUCUUGCUCCCGGAGGCAAUCUGUCUGGGCUGGAGCUGGGCUCCAUGGUGGGGGGAGUGAAGGAUGGAGGAGGGCAGCAGUCCCGCUUCAAAUGGAUGAUGGAGGGUCACUCUCCGGCCCCCUCUCCCCCAGAUACAGCCCAUCACAAGAAUGGUCCUUUACCCAUGCCCAUGAAAGUUCGAGAGGGCUCCCCAUAUUCACAGUAUGAGUUGCUCGGAGUUGAUGGGUUGGGAAUGACCCCUCAGGGCCCUUCUGACAACUGGCACCGUACCCCUGGAAGCAAGAUGGGCACAAUGACUGGGACAUCCAGCUGGCCCCCAGAGUUCCAGCCUGGAGUGCCCUGGAAAGGCAUCCAGAGUGCCGACCCGGAGUCGGACCCGUACAUGACCCCUGGCAGUGUGCUGGGCUCCCAUGGACCCUCCAGCCUCAGUGACUCUGACCACCAGUUACUGCGAGACAAUACAGGGCCAAACCCCUCCCUCAACACCUUGCUGCCUUCACCAGGUGCCUGGCCCUACAGUGCCUCAGACAACCCCCUUGGCAAUGCACACAGCACAGCAAAGUACUCUGACUACAAACCCAGCUGGCCCCCAGAGCCCAUUGGACACAAUAAGCCGUGGAAGACCAGUCGCAUCAGUUCCCAGCUGCCACGCCCCCCUCCUGGACUGACCAGUCAGAAACUGGCCUCGACAUCCCUAUGGGGCAGCGGAGCCCCGCGUUUGACCAGGGGCUGGGGAGAGGGCGGGGGCAGUCAAGAUUCAAGAUUUGGGACAGGCUCAGCGUGGAAUGAUGGUGUGGCCUCCAGAGGCAGCUGCUGGCUACUGCUCAGCAAUCUCACCCCUCAGAUUGACGGUUCCACACUACGGACUAUCUGUAUGCAGCACGGCCCCCUGCUGACCUUUCAUCUCGGCCUGACCCAGGGCAGCGCCCUGAUUCGUUACAGCACACGUCAGGAAGCAGCCAAGGCCCAGGGUGCACUGCACAUGUGUGUUCUGGGGAACACCACAAUCCUGGCAGAGUUUGUGAGUGAGGAGGAAGUGGCUCGCUAUUUUGCACAUUCCCAGGUUGGAGGUGCGGAGGCCAGCCCAGGGGCAGGGGCGGCCCAGGGCUCGUCAGGAACGCACACAGUGGUGGGCAACAGCGGAGGGGGCUCCCCGGGGAGUGAACGAGCAGCAAUUGGAGCAGGAAACAAUUUGGGUGGAAACAGCGGUGGAGGAGGGGUUCUGGGUAGUGUGGGGCCUUCCAGCUCCGGCUGGCAAAGUUUGGAUGGUACGGGCAGCUCUCCGGAGGCCACCUCAGCCCAAGGUCCUGGGCUUGGUAUUUUUGCUCAGUGGAGCGCCAAGGGGGUAGGGGGUGGGGUGGGACGGGUAGAGGCAGGGAGGUCUGGGCUCUGGGGUGGGGUGACCCCAGGUUACUCCAGCAGCAGCUUGUGGGGUGCACCCCAAAUGGAGGACAGGCACCAAAUGGGCAGCCCAGCUGCCCUGUUGCCUGGUGACCUGCUGGGAGGAGGGGCUGACUCCAUCUGACACACCUUCACAUAAGUAUAUAUUUAGACACACGACACACUGGGAAACACAAAUACAUAUAUAUAAGUGACUAAAUAUAACCACGUAAACACACACAUACAUAUAUAAAUGACUAAAUAUAUCCACGUAAACACACAAGCAGAAAUGUGAGACAUGCUUACACACAUUCUCAUGGCCAGACUUAAGCUAUUCUAUAAACAAAUGCAGGGACUGUUAGACGUGUAAGGCCUUUUUCCACAGAUGAAGAUUUCAACUGCUAGACUUGAACCUGAAAAAUUAGUCUGUCGGUCUGAGAGACUGGCUGGAUUGCAUUGUGCUUAGUAGGUGAUUUGAUGACAGACUUACAUGGACAUGCACACACCAAAUACAAACUAGCCUUUGGACAGAUGGGCACUGUAACAGCAUUACUCGCAUCAUAUAGGAAAACUAUGUGAUGCAGGACAACCUGCAGUUUCCAUUCAUGCCCCUUAUGGAGACUGAAUCAAAACAUGUGCAAACACACCGCUCUGAUUGAUGACAACUAUCUUAUUGUGUAUGUUAGUUUCUGUUUUGUAUGGUUGUUUUUAUUUUGAACAGUGGAAUACUGAAAUGUAAUUGUUCCUUUCAAAUGCUGACCUCCUACUGUUGUUUUUCUCUCAAUCACGUUUGUUACUGUUACUAUGAUAAUUGUUGAAACUCUGGCAGUAUGAGGGAACAUUGCAUUUCUCAGAGAGUGGGAUACUGUGUGUGUGCGUGUGAGAAGGAGACCAAGUGAUAAACCCCUGUGCGUGAAUGUGAGGAUAAUGUAGUGUGUAUGUUACUGCCUGUCAUGAUUAGUGUGCGAGGCUGCUUACAGAAGGUCUAAAAAUCUGUUUUGAGUACAUUCGGUAUACUGCUGACUGUGUUCAAGAACAUUGGCACUAAAUGCUUAGUUUUUUUUUCUCAUUUUAAGAUUAUUUUUUUUGCAGACUGUCUUUUUUAUUGUCCGAACUGCAAUAAUAAAUUUUAAUGAUACAAAGAGCUGAAGGCAUAUGUAUUGAGAAAAAGGACAUGCCAAAUCUUAUCAAACUGUGGAGUGGUGGGGGGUUGUUUACAAGACACAGAAAAGAGUUACCGUGUGUUUAUAUGUUUUGUUGUGUAUCGUUUUAAAUUAAGACAGGCUUUAACACUCCUGUUCAGUGUUUCGUUUUGAGAUUUUACAAAUAAAUUUAUUUAAACAGAGAACAAGAUUACUAAUAAAGAUGAAAGUAUUGGCUUCUA